CCAUACUUGCCAAUAUCUAAAAACGAUGUGAUCACUCGAGAUGAAUGCCAGAAAUUUGAUCAUCUCGCAGAUAUUCCUUUCGACUACGUGGACACUGAUGUUGGGUUGAUGCUUGGAGCAAAUGUUCCAGAAGCCCUCAUACCUUUGGAAGUAAUUAGUGGCUUUUUAUCAGAGCCUUAUGCAUCCAAACAUAGGAUUGGAUUGGCAGUGAAUGGUCCAAUUGGAAAACAAACGGACACUCGAACCAAUGUCAAAGUUAAUUUCACCCAAGUUGAAUCUCAAGUCAUCAAGAACGAGCUACAAAUGAUGUAUUCAGCCGAUUUCAAAGAUUGCGGAGAGGAUGGUUGUGGACCGUCCCUGAACGACCAGAACUGGUUGAAAAGAGUUGACAAUUCUAUUCACAAAGAUUCAGAGGGCCAUUACUGUAUAGCUCUACCCUUCAAAGAAGAUGAGCCAAAACUCCCUGACAAUCGGACACAAGCUCUCAAUCGAUUGGGAGGAAUCAAAAGGAAGUUGGAAAGAGAUCUUAAAUUUCGUUCAGAUUACAUGGAGUUCAUGACCAUGAUGGUGGAUAAAGGAUUCGCCGAAAAGGUCCCUGAGGAUGAACUGGAUGUGAGCAGAUUUGAAAGGUGGUACAUUGUUCAUCAUGGUGUAUAUCAUAAGCAAAAACGCAAAUUGCGAGUGGUAUUCAAUUGCUCCUUAAAAUAUGGAGGAACAUCGCUGAAUGACAAACUGUUAUCCGGGCCUAAUUUGACGAACAAUCUUGUAGGAGUACUUCUUCGUUUCCGCCAAGGUGCCAUUGCGAUCAUGGGUGAUGUAGAAAAAAUGUUCUACCAGGUCCGAGUGUCCCAGAAAGAUCGAGAUUUCCUGAGAUAUUUCUGGUAUCCUGAAGGCGAUCCUGAUCAAGACCCGCUGGAAUAUCGUCUCAAAGUACAUGUUUUCGGUGCAAUUUCAUCCCCAAGUUGCGCCAAUUUCGCCCUGCGACAGGCUGCCAUAGAUUUUGGAACUGGAUCGAAGAAGGAAGCUGCAGAUGUGAUCAGGAGUGAUUUUUACGUGGAUGAUCUGCUCACAUCUGUGGAUGGAGAGGAACAGGCUCGCGAACUUAUUCGGGAUGUUCGCAUGAUUUGUGCCUCUGGAAAAUUCAAUUUAACUCAGAUGAUAUCUAACAACCGAGCCGUUUUAGAUUCGAUUCCCCUCAAUAAUCUCACUAUUGGAACACAAUCAUUGGAUUUCGAAUAGGAUGAUCUUCCAAUUGAACGAGCCCUGG